AUGCGUGCUUUCACCAGCACUCUCUUCGCCGCCCUCGUGGCGAGCGUCGCCAACGCUCAGUCCAGCGGAUACGCCACUGCUUCCCCAGUAGGUGAUUCUCCCGCUGGUAGCUCCGCGGGCAACGCUGGCGCCGGCACUGCUCCUUCGCAGUCUGCUGGUGGUGCCGGUGCUGGAGGUGCCGGACAGGGUUCCGCCACUCCGAGCGCUUCCUCCGCCGGUGGCCCUGGCGUUGCUUCUUCUGCCUCGUCGGCCGACGCCGUCUCCUCUACACCUGGUGUUGGCGGCGCUACUCCUUCCGCCUCGACUGUCCCCGGCGGUGCUGGCGCCGGAGGUAUGGGCAACAGCACCACCUCGGGCAACGGCACGGCCUCGGCCUACCCGUACCUGAACGGCACUGCGGCGGUGAACUACCUCCUUCAGAGCCUUAAUCUCUCGAGCGGAUGCCAGAACACUGUCAAGACUCUCACCUCAAACGCUACAGCCGAGGGACAGUGCCUGCACACCGGUGUCGUCUGGGCUGCCGUGAACCAGAACUCUUCCCUCCUGCCCUACCUCGACCAGUGGCUUGAGGAGUCGUGCUCUUCUGCCCCUUGCUCGAAUGCGACCCUCACCGGUGCCCUGGACCAGGUCCUUGGCAACUGUUCCGACGACUUCGACAGCCACAACAUCACCGCCGAGGACGUCGCCCACUGGUUCCAGGUCUACCCUCUCGCUCGCGAGAUUGCCUGUCUGAAGACCUCCGAGCCAUUCAACGGUACCCUCCCCAACAUCACUAGCAACACUACGUGGCAGAACGCCGGCGGUGUUCCUUCCUCUUCUGCUGUCGGUGGCGCUGGUGCUGGCACUGGUGCUAGCGCUACGCCAUCUGCCUCCUCUGCUUCUUCGGCCUCUGGUUCCGCUACUUCGUCUGCCUUCGGUGCCCAGCAGUCCGCCUCUCAGUCCCAGGACGACCCCAACAGCCCUGAGAACUCGGGCGACAACAACUGGGGCCCGUAUGGCGGCAACUCUGGCGAGGAGGAUGGCUCUAACUCUGGAAACACCGGCGCCCAGGGCGACCAGAACACCCAGGGUGCCACUCCCUCCGGUGCUACUGGUGGCUCGUUCGUAGUUGCGGCCGGCAACGACGGCGCCCAGGGUGACCAGAACACUCAGGGUGCCGGUGCUGGCUCCAACACUGGCAACACCGGUGCUCAAGGUGAGGAGGACAGCCAGGGCGUUUCGUCCUCUGUCGGCGGUGCUCCCACUUCCUCUGCCCUCGGCGGUGCCCAGUCUGGUAUUCAGUCUGGCUCCUCGGCCGUCGGCGCUGCCGCCCCCACUUCCUCUACUGGCUCGACCAGCACCGGCGGUGUCGGCGGUGUCACGGCUCCCGGUAACUCCACCAUGGGCAACUCGACGACCUCGGCCAACUCCACCGGCAACUCGAGCUACUGCCUGACCUCUCUCGGCAAGGAGCUGAGCGCCUACAUGGGCUCGAACCUCACCUUCCCUUACCUCGAGAUCCUCCUCCUGGGCGGCAAUGAGACCGCUCAGCAGAAGCUCUCCAAUAUCCCUCCCGAGGCCCUCUGCCAGGAGUGUGUCUUCGCCGCCUUCGACCUGAUCGAGCAGUCCUCGCCCUUCCUCGCCGACACUAUUGUCAACAAGACGACCAACCAGACCCUCGUCGGCUGGCUCAACGCCGCCUGCGCCAACGCGACUGAGAAGUGGCAGCCUUCUACCAACGGCACCCUCCCCGAGGGCAUCACGGCCACGACCUUCAACAGCACCUACGGCUUCAACGUGACGUACUACAACGAGACGACUGGUAACUGGACCACCAAGUCGCCCCAGAACGUCUCCGUCCCCAUCGGCCAGGGCUCGAAGUACCUGAACGAGACUGACUCUUCUGAGGAGGAUGGCGAUGACUCGGGUUCUUCGGGCACUGGUGUCGUUGGCGGCGGCAGCGGUGGUAACUCUGGCGACUCCGGUGACGAGGGUGACCACGACGUCAACCCCACCGGCGGCGACGAGGACCCCUACUCCCGUCCCGGCUCUGGUACUUACACUGGCGUCUCGGCCGGUAACUCGGCCACGCCCACCGGCGGAGCCGGUGCUGGCUCGACGAGCUCCGACCCCGCCAUCACCUCUGGCUCUGCACCUCCCGCCUCUGGCGCCUCCGGUGCCUCCGGUGCCACUGGAACCUCGGGCGCUUCGGCCACCCCCACGGGCUCGGCCUCGACCGACCCCGCCAUCUCGUCUGCCUCUGCCCCUCCCGCCGCCUCCUCUUCGGGUAGCGGCGAGAACACAGGCGCCGAGGGCGACCAGAACACCCAGGGUGCUGGAAACGAGAACGACAACUCGAACAACAACUCGAAUGACAACAACAACCAGAACUCGGACUCGAACAGCAACUCGAACUCGAACUCGAACGACAACUCCAACUCGAACGAGAACAACAACAACAACUCGAACGACAACUCGGGCGACGGCGGCAACACUGGCGCUCAGGGCGAGCAGAACACCCAGGGCGCGCCCCCCGUCAAGCGCGCUGGCCGCUUCGCCGCGCACCAGCUCCGCGCUGAGGAGUAA